GCCUCCCCAUGUUUCUCCCACAAUAGCGGCAGAACACAAUUGUACCCAGGAAAAUAACUGCCUACAGUCGAGAAAUGGCCGCCAAGCUCAUCACAAACGAUGUCCCAUCAAAGCUAUUCCUAAACAACGAGUGGGUGGCCGGCUCCGGCCCCUCUCUCACAAUCACCAACCCCAAAGACUCCAGCAUCGUCACCUCUCUCCAGGAAGCCAGUCCGUCCGACCUAGACAUAGCCGUCCAGUACGCCACCGAAGCGUUUGAGUCGGGUCCCUGGUCGACCUUCCCCGCCCUCAAGCGCGCGGAAUGCAUGAACAAACUCGCCGACCUGCUCGAGGCGCAUGUGGAGGAGAUCGCCUAUUUGGAGAGCGUGGCCUCUGGGCGCCUGCUGUCCAUGGUGAGGUAUGAGAUCCCGCUUGUUGCGCGGGUAUUCAGGUACUAUGCGGGCUGGGCCGACAAAAUAAAAGGCGACGCCUACCCCCCCGACGACGGACACUUCAAGUUCGUCUCCCACGUUCCCCUCGGCGUCUGUGCCGGCAUAACCGCCUGGAACGCCUCGCUCCACUUCCUCGCCUGGAAAUCCGCCCCAGCGCUCGCAACCGGUAACACCGUCAUCAUCAAGCCGUCUGAGAAAUCCCCGCUCGGGUCCCUGGCCAUCGGCUAUUUGAUCGCCGCCGCCGGAUUCCCGCCCGGCGUUUUCCAGAUCCUGCCGGGUGGUGGCGCGCUCGGGGCGGCGAUAAGCGGACAUAUGCGGAUUGCGAAGGUGAGCUUUACGGGGAGUACGGCAACGGGGGUGAAGAUCCAGGAGGCAGCGGCAAGGAGCAAUCUCAAGCGUGUCACUCUUGAGCUGGGAGGCAAAAGCCCGUCCAUUGUCUUUGACGAUGCUGACAUUCCAUCGGCAGUCCAGUGGGCGGUCAGAGGCAUUACUAUCAACUCGGGGCAGGUCUGUGCUGCUUCUUCGCGUUUGUAUGUUCACGAAAGUAUUAUGGAGCCCUUUAUGGGGGCCCUGAAAGAUGCAUUUGAAGGGAUUGGAAAUGCCCUUGGUGAGGAUCCACAACAGCUCGCAACAACGUUUGGUCCGGUGAUCGACGAGGAGCAGUUCAAGAAGAUUUGGGAGUAUAUUGAAGCUGGUAAGAAGUCGAGUGCUCAGCUACUCACAGGAGGAUCGAAGUAUGACGGAAACGGAACAUAUAUCGCGCCAACAAUCUUUGUCAACCCACCCGAGGACUCGGUGAUCUACAAGGAGGAGAUCUUCGGCCCAGUUCUGUGCGCCAAAUCUUUCAAGACGGAAGAGGAGGUGCUCAAGUGGGCGAAUGACACGCAGUACGGACUUGCCGCUGCGAUAUUCACAAAAGAGCUUUCCAGGGCUUUGAGGGUGAGCUCGAAGCUUCAAGCUGGCACUGUUUCGGUCAAUUGCGCUUUGUCAGUUGGUCCUCAGGUUCCGAUGGGAGGAAUGAAAAUGAGCGGGAGUGGGCGCGAGCUUGGAGAAUAUGCUCUGAGGCAUUACACUGAGCCGAAAACCACUUGGAUCAGGUUAGAAUAAGU